CUAAUAUUAAAAACUAUGAUUCACAUUCAUAUUGGUGGAGCUGGAGUGAUGAUAGGUGAUAUGCUUUGGAGAUAAUAUUUCAAAGAAGAACCAGAUACUCCCUAUAAACAUUUCAUAUUUGAGGAAGUUAAAAAUGGACUUGUACCAAGAGCAUUAUUUAUUGAUUUAGAUGAUAGAAUGAUAAAUCAAAUAAAAUUAAAUAGUAAAUUUCAAUAUCAUCCUUCUUACUUAAUAAAUUACAAAGAAGAUGGUUCCAAUAAUUUUAGUAAAGGGCAUUAUACUUUAGGGAAGGAAUUACGACCUUUAGUUGAAGAACAAAUAAGAAAAUAAAGUGAAGCAUGUGAUAGAGUGCAACAAUUUAUUUUCACCUAAAGUAUUUCUGGUGGUACAGGAUCAGGAUUUUAAUCGUUGUUAUUGAAUGAAUUAACUAAAAAUUAUUAGAAAACUUUUAAGACAGCUUUUACAAUAUAUCCAUCAGCAAAUAUGAAUAAUAAUACAGUCUAUCCUUAUAAUGCUAUGCUUAGUAUACAUUAAAUUGUUGAAUAAUGUAAUGCAUAGGUUAUAUUUGAUAAUGAAACUAUGUAUUAGAUGUUAUAAAAUACCUUAGAAUUAGAUCAUCUUGAUUAUUCUCAUUUAAAUAAUCUAAUAGCUUAAACAAUUAGUUCUUAUACAAGUAUUUCUAGAUUCUCUAAUAAAAACAAUCAAGAAAUUUUACGUACUCUAGUUCCUUAUCCAAGAAUUUAAUAUAUUACACCAUCUUAUGGUCCUUUAAUUGAUGUUAAUGAUUAUAAGAGAAACAUUUUUUCUUAAAAAUAAUUGUUACAGUAUAUUUUUAGUAGGGAAUCAAAAUUAUAUUAAAGUGUGAAUAACCCAUUUAAUUUAGCUACUUCAUUAAUUUCUAGAGGAUUACAUAUAGAUUAGAUUCAAAACACCAACCAAAACUUUAUAAAUUAUCAUAAUUAUUAUGAAUAAAAAACUAAUUACUUCGGAUCAAAAUCUAAAAAUUAUUAGGUAUUAGAGUAAUUAGCUGAAAUUAAUUAAACUUAAACUUUAUUUUCUAAUGAUUUAAUGAUAAAAAAAAAGUUAGAAAAAAUUGGUAAAGAGUUUGAUAUCUUGUAUAGUAAAAGAGCUUUUGUAUUUUGGUUUGUUGGAGAAGGUUUGGAAUCAGGAGAACUUUCAGAAUGUAGAGAAAAUUUUGAAUAAUUAAUGAUGGAUUAUAAAAUGUUGUUGAAUAUGGAUAAUGAUUCUUCAGGAGAUGAUUCUUCUCAAUUUUCAUGA